UCCAGAACAUUGCAGCUUUUCCAGAUCGCAACAGUAAAAAGGAACACUAUGCAUAGAGUUAGAGUUAAGCAGACCUAUUGGUUGGAUGAAGAAUCCGAAAUCAAACUCCAACAGUUGGGAGCGGUCCUGAUCGACGAUGUCAUUGUGAAAGAUGACUAUUAUGAUAACGACACAUUCGAUUUGGCCACAAAUCAAAUCUGGCUGAGUCAGAGAGACCUUCAGUGGCAACUCAUUAUUGCUCUUCCGAAGUCCAACAUAAACGGAGAUGGUGGGAAACAGGGAGAACAGAACUCACUGGUCCCCAAAUCAGAAGCAACAACGAAAAGCAGGAGCCAGCACAGGGAUGGCCCAAGUUCAGAGGAACGUUAUGGAAGCAGUCCCAGAUUAAGGUCAUGGAAUAGUGAGGGAGAUGCAUCUGGAAAACAGAACAAAGUAGUGGGAGAAGGAAACCCAUUGCAGGAACACAAAACAGCAACAGACCCUGAACAAUGGGACAAAACAACCAGCACAGAUGUACAUGACAAAGCAGAGCCUCGGUACAACGAGCUCAGGGCACACAGACAGAUUAUAGAGUAUAUUGCACAGUUCCUGCAGAUCUCUUUGUCCAAGGAGGAAGGCGGCGAUAUGAUGUUAAGCCAUUUCUUGCAGCUGGCAAAAAUUCAUCAUUAUGCAAGUUGUCACACAGCCAAGAGAAGAACAUACAAGCUGAAGGAUACCUGCAGAAUAGUGAUAGAGAAGGAUGAGCUAAUGCCCAGAUGUUUGGCGAUAAUGUCCGUCGAUGCAGAUGUGUUGAAUAUCAUCAACGAGCUUGAAAAGAUGGAAGAAAUAGCAGCACAUUUGAGAAUGGACCCAUGUCAAACUGACCCAAUUUUAGCUUAAAAUUCUUGUUCAAUGUCCAACAGUCACAGAAUUGUGGAGAUAUACAGCACAGAAACAGCCCCUUCAGACCACCA